CAUGUCCUAUGGAAUGCGGUGCGCUGCUUAGCCUCGGCUGGAAUUGACCUGUACCUGUGCCUUAUAAACCACCACCGACUGCUCGCCCUGUCAAGCAUGUUACAUAUUUUCAGCUCACGACUACCCAGCGUUCUAACUGACAGGGCCAAAUUGUGAGCUAACUGCAUCGUCCAUUGUAUCUUCAUCACCUCCAUCCAUUUAGACCGUCGGGCUAUGGCUGGAGCCGUGCGUCAACCGAUUGACGUUCCCUCCUUGGAACGCUACCUCGAGCAGAAUGUUCCGGAGAUCAAAACACCAGUAGAUGUGAAGCAGUUCGGUUUUGGACAAUCCAAUCCUACCUACCAGCUCACAACCGCCGACGGCAGCAAGUAUGUCCUGCGCAAGAAGCCCCCAGGCAAGCUGCUUUCCAAGACGGCGCACAAGGUCGAGCGUGAAUACAAGAUCAUUCAUGCUCUGGAACAUACGGACGUGCCCGUACCCAAGGCCUACUGCCUGUGCGAAGAUAACGCUGUGAUCGGCACACCUUUCUAUAUCAUGGAGUUCCUGGAUGGUCGCCACUUCACUGAUCCUGCUAUGCCCGGCAUUGACCCCGCCGAAAGGACUGCACUAUGGCAGGAUGCGGUCCGGACACUAGCCAGAUUUCAUCGAAUCAUUCCCGAGCUGGUUGGUCUGGAACAGUUCGGAAAGCCGUCGGGCUACUAUGAUCGUCAGAUUGCUACAUUUACUGCAGUGUCUCGCGCCCAGGCCCAAGCGGUGGAUGUGGAGACCAAGGAACCGGUCGGAGAACUGCCUCACUUCAUGGACAUGGUGCGUUUCUUUUCCAAUAAGGUCACCCAGCCCCAGGAUAGGGGCACGCUCGUGCACGGGGACUACAAGAUUGAUAAUAUGAUUUUCCAUAAAUCCGAGCCUCGUGUCAUCGGCAUAUUGGACUGGGAAAUGGCCACGGUGGGGCAUCCGCUGUCAGACCUUUGUAAUCUGACUAGCCCAUACUUCCUGGAAGGAACGGAUCAUAAGACAGACCAGUUCAAGCCCAACGUGGUCCCUGGGUUGCCCACGCGAGCUGAAUGUGUCCAAUGGUACCAGGAGGUGUCCGGCUAUGACCCUACACCCGACAUUCCAUGGGGAGAUGCGUUCUUUUCAUGGCGAAGCUCUGUCAUUAUGCAGGGCAUCAAGGCCCGAUUUGCACUUCGGCAGGCCAGUAGUGCUCGCGCUGUUGAAUACGCGAGGAACACCAAUCCAUUUGCCAUGAAGGCGUGGGAGCGAGUCAAGCAGGUGCAAGAACAGCUGCAACAACGGGCCAAAUUUUGAAAGCGUGAUUUCUGCCCAUUCAGCCCUCUUCACUCGCCUGCUCCUUGACAUUCAGAAUAUAUAGCGGGACAUCAUCGAAAAAUAAGUGCAUUAUGAUGAACUGGCGUAAUGUUGUGAUCCAUGUCUCGUACUCAUGCAGUUCACGAUCUUUAGACUCAUGGAGACCUCUCUCAUGCAAGAUGCCUCGUCGAAUCCAGCGAGCCGGGGACGGGCUGUGACAUCUCGAAGAGCAGAUGCACUUGUACGUGUGCACGCUUGAGAAGAGCAUAAACAAAAGAAUCCAAUGUCAGUGCGUCAGUCAGCAUGCACGCUAGUGCCAAUGAAU